AUGCUUCCACGCCAGACGAUUCGCGGCCCUAUGCCUUCAGAUCUCGAACUUGGCAGGCUAUACAUAAAGGAUUUGCGAUCCCGGUGCAGCAGGCUAAACCUCACAACGACCGGAGGACGUGACGCCCUGAUUAAACGAAUUGAAGAGGCACGUACUAACAUAGACAACCUUCCUGGCACUCCAUCCCCUAUUCAAGAUGGCGGCGAGCACGUGGAAAAUGAAAAUGAUCAAAAUGCCCUCGAACUGCAAUUUCGGCACCUUCAGCGCCAAGUCCAGGAGCUACUGGACAGGGAGUCGCCACAAGACGGGCUUUUAUCAGCCACCCAGCUCACCCAAGUACAAUCAAUUGUUCAAGGGUCACUAAACGAGGCGAUCGAGAAAGCCGCAGUUAGCGCCUUCAUUGGCUCGUCUCCACCAGCUACUGCUCCACCGACGCAAGCAAGAGAUUCCUCUGUGAAUGAUGCACUGCAAAUAUCUUUACCAGUGAUAAGUGUAAGUCCAGAAAACUGUUCUACUAGAGACCCAGCAAUGGAUUCUGUGCACGAGCUGCCGGCCAAACUGGUCAAAGAAAUCCUAACUGGUGAGUUCAUAGAACUUUCUAAAUUGCUUCCCAAGAACUUCAACGUCUUAAACCCAUCCCAGGAUGAGCCACUUACCCUUACUUUAGAAAAUUCAGUUAUUAAAAUAAACAAGGCCAAAGCUACAUACAUAUCUGACAUAACAGAGUGGACGACGGCCUUUACUGCCUACAUGGGAGUUCUUAUCAGCAAGUUCCCACACCGUGCUUCAGAGCUACUAGAAUAUCUCUCUCUCACUAGAUACGCUGCUAGAUACCAUAGGGGGUUAGGUUAGUGUGUAUAUGACAUUAAGUUCCGGCAGAAGGCUGCACUAACAAGUCAUUGAAAUGGUCAACCAUUGAUAGUCAAUUAUGGCUCAAAACCUUUACGGUUGCCCCUUCGCUUGUAAAGGAGGACAUUAGUGUUUUCCAGUCAGGACUCUCAUCAUCAAGUACCUCUAGAGGGAACGAAAACCGUACUUGUCACAACUUCAACAGGGGGAUUUCCUGUGCCAGAACCCCUUGCAUCUACGCCCACAUAUGUAACCGGUAUGGCUGCGGAAAGGAUCAUCCCGAGAUCAAAUGCCCCAAUUUCUAUCGAACAGAUAAGGAGCCCUCCCCAAGGGUGGGAAGGUCAAAGCCCCAGCACCAGAGCACCCGCCACUGAGAAAAGUAGCUUUGGUGGAGUGGUUACUCCUGUCAAUGUAGUUACCUUGUACCAGGCCUUAGCCAAUCAUCCUGAAAGGGAAAUUGUCAACAAACGAUGUUCAGAGCUGAGGGAGGGGGCUAGGAUUGGUUAUUCUGGUCCUAGAUGCCCACGUUUUUCACCUAACUUACCUACUGCAUAUUUCAAUCCUGAGGUGGUUACAGGGAAUUUAACUGAUGAGGUUUCAAAAGGGCGUACCAUGGGCCCUUUUCUCACACCCCCCUUUGAAAAAUUUCAGGUUUCACCGAUUGGACUUGUCCCCAAAAAACAUUCCGACAAAUUCCAAACAAUAUUUCAUUUAUCCUUCCCAAAGUCUGGGACCUCUAGCAUCAAUUAUUUUAUUGAAAAGGAUGAUUUCUCUCUGCAAUAUAUUACUAUUGACAAUGCCAUUGCAGCAAUUCAGAAAUUUGGCCCAGGCUGCUACAUCGGCAAAACAGACAUUGAAUCUGCUUUUCGGCUCAUUCCGGUCCAUGCGAAUGACUGGGCACUCAUGGGGAUGUUUUGGAAUGGGCAGUAUUAUUUUGGCAAAGUGCUCCCAUUUGGGCUUCGCUCUGCCCCGUACAUUUUUAAUCAGCUGUCAGAUGCCAUUAAGUGGAUUUUACUUAACAGAUGUUCCAUCUCCUUUGUUUGCCACAUUUAUAGUGGAGCCACCCUGUCAUACCCCUCCAUUAAAUUCCCUGUCAGGCAAGCCUGUCAAGUAUGAUCUUGACCUUCAAAAAUUUGAAUAUCCCUAUCUCUGCAACCAAAACCAAGGAGCCUUCCCAAAUUAUUCAGUUCAUGGGUAUCAUACUAGACUUGGGAAAAUGGAGGCAAGGCUACCCGAGGAUAAGGUGGAGAGGAUCAAAUCUGCCCUCUCCACUUUCCAAUCUCAGCGGUCAACAACACUGCAAGAACUUCAAUCACUGAUAGGUACUCUCAAUUUUGCUUGCAAGGUAAUUCCCCCAGGGCGAUCCUUCCUACAACGAAUAAUUCACCUUACCAGAAAGGUUAAAAAACCCCACCAUCAUAUAAAGCUUACCACGGGCUUUUACAAAGAUAUUGAAAUGUGGACUAUUCCUUUCUCCUCUAUGGGGAACCUCUGACACCCUCUCCUUGUUUACCGAUGCCUCCGGCUCUCUGGGUUAUGAGGGAAUUUUCCAAAAAAGGUGGUUUCAGGGAAAGUGGCUGCCAUGUCAACAACUAGGCCAGCGAGGCAUCAGCAUUCUUUGGCAAGAACUAUAUGCAAUUAAUGUUGUAUGCCAUUUGUGGGGGAUCCAUUGGACAUCCAAGCGCAUCCACUUUGAUUGUGACAAUCAGGGUGUAGUCGAGGUCAUCAAUUCCCGUAGAUCCAAAGUUCCCCGGGUAAUGGACUUGGUAAGGGACCUUACACUUUGCACCCUGCAGCAUAAUUUUUAUUUUCGAGCAGUGCAUAACAACAUUGCGGACUCUCUGUCGUUUCCAGAUGGAAUGCUUCCACCAGCUAGCACCCCAAGCCAAUGCAACACCCGACCCCAUCCCAGCCUAUUUGUACAAGCUCUAGCAAAGGAAGCUGAGCGUUAUCUGGGGAUGUCCCUUGCCCCGAGCACCAAAAAGACAUAUGGUUCUGGUAUGCGGCAAUUUUUCACUUUCUGUUCACAAAUGUACGUCAAUCCGCAACUCCCCAUUAGCGAUGAUAUUUUAAUCAAUUUCUCAGUCGCAAUGGCUCGUUCUGUGCAAUACACCACAAUCAAGAACUAUUUGUCGGCAGUCAAAAAUUACCAUUCCAGCCACGGCUAUGAGCUUCACUUAUCUAAUUUCCUUCGUCUCCGGCUUAUUCUUCGUGGCAUGAAGCAUUCACAGGGGCACCAGUCCAAAGAACGCAGACCAAUAACUUAA